AUGGAGAGAGAGGAGGCUGCAUCUGAGGUGAGUAAGGCAUAAUUAAGGUUUAUGAUUAAUUAGUACCAUGGUGUGCAAACUAUACUAAAAUACAUUUUUUUAAAAUUUUCUAUUUAUUUUUUUUACUUCUGUAACAAAUCGUGUUUCCAGUAAUUCAUAGCCCACUGCCAUAACAAUGAAAAAAAAAUGCAGCGAAUAUUCAACGUCAAUGAUUUGAUUUUUGGCUCUGGAACCACCGAUCUGCAGUUUAUAAAAACAGACUUUGUCAUUUCUCUUACAAAUUUACAUGAUAUUCAAUUCCUAGCCAAGACUCAAAUCUGUGUGAACCCUGAAAACACUGAAACUCUACUGGACCUGGAAGUGGCACAGGCAUCCUGAUUUCCAAGAAUUUCAGUAAGCUCUGGGUGUAGUCUGUCUUAACAAUGUAAGACUUGGUGCGCCUAUGAGAUGCACAUAUGCUGUUUUGGUGGUUCACUCUACUUGAUGGGAUGAUGAUGAAAAUAUAUUACUUUGAAAAAAGUGCAUACUCCUAAACACCGCAUGGCAACACUUAACCUAUUUGCACCUUUGUAAUGCAUGAUGAUGCUCAUUUUUUAAAUUUUGUUCUACGUUUGAGUCAAAACUCGGAAAGCAGGGGUAGCUUAGGGGAGGGCUACCUGUGAUGCGUAAGUUGCCACCGCAUGGUGACAUGAGUAACUAUCCAGCUUCCUUUCAAAACAUGAUCACCUCUGUUUUAAAAUAUUCUAAGAAAAUUUUAGCAAAAAUGUUAAACUGUUGUGGUUUGUCCCAUGACACUCAGCCUUUGUAUGCUGGUGAAGAGGAUUAUGCUGACAACUGGCAACAAAAUGUCUGGGACCCUUCUAGCAAUAUGAAGUUCGGGUAUUCUGAAGUAAGUAGUAAAGAAAAUGAUCAAACUUCAUGGUAGAUCAUUCUUUCUCUCUUGUUUGAUUUUCAGUCACUUCUUUCAUUUACCUGCCAGUUAGAUGCAAGUUUGUAUUAUUGCCUUUUUUUUGCCACCACUUUCGAAAACAAAUUCAACAUACUGGCUCAUCCAUAGGCUCACUUGCUGCCCUCUGUGUGUGCAUGCCAGUGGCCCCAUGUCACCCACAGAGACAAAGAGACUGAAUGACUGACAACAGGGUUCACACCAUUCAUUCCUUUAUGGAGCAAAUGUGCCCAAAUGCUGAGGCCAAUGCGCAAAGUGAACCCUCUUGUCAACCAUCCUGCUUUGAGGCAAGAGACAGGAAAACAAACACUAAUGCACAUGGAAGUAUAUUGGGGCCAGUAAAAUUAUUGAGUUUAUUUUUAUUUAUUGCACAUUGAUUUAUUUAUUGAUUACCAGCCCAGGUGUAACUUAGAUUAAGUUCUUCUCCUCUGUAGAACCCAGUGUUAGAUAGACUGAAACAAAUGACCUGAACAGUCAAUCAAUCACUUGACCCUAAACACUGCAUGGCAACACUUACUUGCACCUUUGUAAUGCAUGAUAAUGUUUAUUUUUUAAAUUUUGUUCUACGUUUGAGUCAAAACUCGGAAAGCAGGGGGUAGCUUAGGGGAGGGCUACCUGUGAUGCGUAAGUUAUCACCGCACUAUUCAGCUUCCUGUCAAAACAUGAUCACCUCUGUUUUGAAAUAUUCCAAGAAAAUUUUAGCAAAAAUGUUAAACUGUUGUGGUUUGUCCCAGGAAUCUCUCUGUGAUACUCCGCCUCCGUGUCCUAUAAAAGAGGAUUAUGCUGACCACUGGCAACAAAAUGUCUGGGACCCUUCUAGCAAUAUGGAGUUCAGGUAUUCUGAAGUAAGUAUUAAAGAAAAUUAUCAAACUUCAUGGUAGAUCAUUCUUUCUCUCUUGUUUGAUUUUCAGUCCCUUCUUUUUGUAAACGUAGAAAGAUACUUUAUCUAUCAUGAAGGAAAUUCAGUUGCACAAUUUAUCAUCAAACUUCAACAACAAAUCAAUUCAUAAAAUAGUGCAUAAUGUUAAGAAAAACAAUUAAAAUGAAGAAUUCAAGCAAUUGGUAAUAGAAGUAAAUGAUAAAAAAUAGUGAGUCAACCUGUCAAACCUGUUUAAGAUGUUAAAUUCAUUUGCUCUCUCUGCUCCCCUCUACAGCAACCUGCCUGACUUGCAACCAGUGAUUGUCCUUAUCCCCUUCCAAACUUCCCACAUUUUGUUGGCCUGUAGUUUUCCUUUUAGCUUCUGCCUGUAGGAAUCAUUGGCCUCCUUUAUGCAGUCUUCAAGCUCCCUCUAUCCUCUUUUCAUCUCUUCUCUUCAUCUUUUCUUUAACACACCUUUCUUCCGGUUAAGCACAGAUUUUACUUCCCUGGUCACCCAGGGUUUGUUGUUCAUAAAACAUUUUCCUGUUUUGACAGGAACUACUGCAUCCAAACAAAGGUUUACAUAGCCUGUGAUGCAGUAAGUGAAGCCCUCAUUGUCCUCCCUGAAAGAGUCUAGCCAGUCCAGGAUCUCUUUGUUCUCAUUUUUCCACUUCCUGAUAGAGCAAUGGGCUAUCUUUUAACCAGAGGUGUCUACAGGGGUAUCAGGUUAAUCAAGGUGUGGUCAGAUGGUCAGGUGCAGGUCUACACCCCCUACCAAAGUCACAAACCAGAUCCGUCUCCUCUGUGUUCCCAAGUGGUAGAAUAACUGAAACAAAUGUUCUAGAAAAAAAUAAAAAUAAAAUGAAAAAAAUAUCAAAGCUCUUUUUUUUGUUUCAGGACCCUGCCUGUGAUCCUUUUGUUUGUGCUGGUGAAGAGAGGUAUGUUCGAGAGAGGAAAAAAAUCGUCCUGGAGUCACUCAACAUUCUGGGAAUCGAGUGUGCUGAAGUAAGUAAAAAAGAAAACGAUGAAGCAUCAUAGCACAUUAUUAUUUUGUUUCUUUUAAUUUUAAGUUACUUCUUUUAGUAAAAAACAGUCUUUUUUAAAAGUCUUUUAUCACAUCUUUUGAUAAAUUUAAGAUGGAUUGUUAGGCACCAGAUUAUUUGUGUUACCAUAUGCCCUGGUAUCAAGACAAAUGAAGGCAACAAUUUUCUUAUUUGUUACUAAAGUUAAUGAUCGUUUGAUGAUUGCUCCCAUCAGAACUCUGUUCCUAACAUCGCUGUGCUGGGUUCAGGUGGAGGUACAAGAGCAGCUGUGAGUCUCAUAGGUUCCCUCUAUCAGAUGGAAAAAGACAGUCUGCUGAACUCUGUGCUCUACCUGGGAGGAGUAUCUGGGUCAACAUGGUAAACACGGUCACUCACACAACCGUCAUACAGUAGGAAACAGUGUAAAAGCAAUACUCAGGACAUUCCAUCUUAACCAUGACUGCUGGCAGUAAGCUAACAGUGAUUUAUUUAUUGAGUACAAAAAGAGGUAGUGCUUCUUUUACUCUAUCUAGCACAGUCAGCUAACAACUCUUGAAGGCUUUUCACAGGAACACUGCUGGCCUCACAGGGCUGUAUGGAAAGUACUUAUGAGAUGGUACUGAAAGCACAACAACACUCUCACAUAUAUUACAGCAGUCUGGAUCCCGUGAUGCAUCCCAUCAUAGUUUUACAUGGCACACAAAACCAAGUGGAAGGCAUUGAUUGGGGAACUGUUGAUCAUAAAGGCAAAUGAUGUGGGUGGCUUGAACUAGUUUGAACUAGUAAUUGUUUAGAACCUGUUCUCAGUUUCCAUCCUUUGUGACAGUAGCAUGCCCUGCGGUGAAACAAAAACAGAGCGCAAGGGAGCUGUCUGCCGUUCAUUUCUUGGUCAAAGUAAAUGUGGUUGGUUCAGAUGUAACUGCAAGUACUUCAUGACAGUUUGUCCUUAUUUCUCCUCUGUAAGGUCCAUGGCCUAUCUGUACGGUGACCUGGAAUGGAGCAUAAAGAUGGAAGAAGCCAGAUCCAGGCUGAUGGACUCUGAUGUGGACAUGAAAGAGAAACUACACUGGCUCAGCAAGAGACUGAAUGAUAAGCACUUCUCCCUGACUGAUCUCUGGGGGUUAAUGACCUGCUCUAGAUUCAUGAAACAGGUCCCAGGAGAAAUAUGCACACUUUUGCUAUAACCAAUUUUAAUGCAACAAAUUUGAAAGAUAUAUGUACCCUUCAAAAGAUGUCUAUUGUCUAAUUAGAUGGACCCGCGGCAUCUUUCUGAAGAAGCCUGGAGAGAUGCCACCAACCCCUAUCCCAUCUACUGCGCCAUUGAGAAACACUUCUUUGACGAUGGACCACCAGAAGGUACAUAUGCAACUUUAAAAUGUCAUAGAAAAACCUGCAGUGACUCUGAGGUAAUGUGUUUACAGUCAAAGAGCUUCUCUGUCUUUCAGGGCAGUGGUUUGAGAUAAGUCCUCAUGAGGCCGGUUUCACAGAGCUGGGUCUCUUUGUUGAAACUUCUCUUCUGGGCAGCAAGUUUGAGAGUGGGAGGCUGGUGGAGAAGUUACCUGAGAUGGACAUGAUCCAUCUACAAGGUCUGUAAGAAUAACUUAAGAACUACAAGAGCGGUGUUGUGCAGGUUCAUUGUAAGAAUGAGCUUCUUGUUUGUGAUUAAUAAUAAUGAUUUUAUUAAUAAUGAUUAAUUUACUUUUAAUACUUGCAUUUUGAUUAUUUAAGGAAAAACUUAAAAAUACACGUACGUCUCUAAUUCUUUGGCAGAAUAUUUAGCAUGAAUGUUCACAGAUUAUCAUCUUCAAACUGUGCAGGUAUCUUGGGCUCUGCGUUGGCAAGUGAAAGACAGAUCAAAGAGCACAUCCUUAACUGCGGUAAAUCACAAUAAUUACAACAUGCAUAUCCAUAUUACAGCAGUUGCAGGAUUUUUUUCUGUAUUUUAAGUAGAAAGGAGACAAUCAUUCACAGUUUUUGUGUUUCAGUGAAAAAAGCUGUGGAUGUGGCACGAGAAUAUUGCAUCCGCGUAAAUGACGCCAUCCAUGGUUACAUCAUUACAGCCAGAAACUUCUUCAAAAGGUUGAUUGCUGCGCUUCUCCCAAAAAAGAAGGAGAUUGGUUACAGAGGUCCUCUCGCCUAUGGUAAUGAAAUUAUUUUGUUGACGCCCCUUUUUUUUAAUAGUGUAACAAGCUAAACGUGGUUCAUUGAUGACUCAAACUUGUCGAGACAUGCGUGAGUUUUCAUUGACUGGAUGAAAAUUUUAAUCAGUGGUCUGUCCAACAUUCAAAAUGCACGACAUUUCUGCAUAUCGUGUGUUUGAUCAGUCUGCCAAAAGCAGGAAUAUGUGGUCAGGGGAGGCAGGAGAGGCUGUGCCUCACCCGUCAUCAUGGAAAGAAAAAAUGAAAACAAAUUAAAUGUCUUCUUUAAAAUGCCAUACUGUCCUCAUUCAUAUUAUCUUCCCUUAGGCCAAAUCAAAUACAGAGCCGGCUGUCCAGAUCCUGGUAAGUAUCAGGAGGAGGGAAAUUUGGAAAGUUUCUGUCGGUUAACUCUAAGCAAACAGGAUAUAUGCAUGUGUGUCCAAUUGUAAAUAAAACAACGGCUAGGUUUUCAUAAUAAAAGCAACACACUUGUAUAGCAUAUUCAUGUUCUGAUUGAUGGACCUCACGAAGGGACGCCAGGGCCCUUUGGAUGUUACAGACUAAGCUAGACUAUAACCUUUUUGAGUUUUUGUCAGCUAAAACUGGACUAAAGCAAUCACUUAUGACGUGACUAAUACUAAUCAGAAUUUUCAUCUAAAAGACUAAGAUUAAAACUACAUCUAAAAUCGCUGCCGAAAACGAUUGGUAGUGAACAAUUUCCUGUAAAACUGACCUUUCUGCAGCUUUUUUCACUUACUCCAGUCUCUCUAGAAACUAACAAAGUCAGUUAAGAUUGCAGCUUCUCAAUUUAAGACAUGAACAUUAUCAGCUGCUUCUUUUCUAAUAAAGCAGCUUACGUGUCUUAUUUAAAAUGCCUUUAAUCUUGUCUCCUCUCAGGAAUCUAUACCGCUUACGGCUGUCCGCCUGAUAGUAAGUAUCAGGAUAAGGGAAAUUUGAACAAUUUCUGUUAGUUAAGUCUAAACAAACAGGGUGUAUGCAUGUGCAUCCAAAUGUUAAAUAAACAAUGGCUAAGCUCUUUUAAAAUAAAAGCAACACACUUGUAUAGCAUAUUUAUGUUCUUAUUGAUAGACCUCAUGAAGGGCCUGCCAAAAACAAUGAUUGGUAAUGAACAAUCUUCUGUAAAAACGACCUCUCUGCAGCUUUAUUUACUUACUCCAGUCUCUCUAAAAACUAACGAAGUCAGUUAAGAUUGCAGCUUCUUAAUUCAAGACAUGGACAUUGUCAGCUGCUUCUUUUCUAAUAAAGCAGCAGCUUAAGUGUCUUAUUUAAAAUGCCAUAUUGUCCUCAAUCAUCUUGUCUCCUCCCAGGAUCAUUUAAAAGGUUUUCCGCCUGUCCGCCUCCCGGUAAGUAUCAGGAGGAGGGAAACAGUUUCUGUCAGUUAAGUCUAAGCAAACAAGAUGUAUGCACAUGCGUCCAAAUGUUAAAUAAAUGGCUAGGUUCUUUCAUAAUAAUAGCAACAUACUUGUAUAGCAUAUUCAUGUUCUGAUUGAUGGACCUCACAAAGGGCCGAGCAGGGCCAUUCAAAGGGCCGGAUUUGGCCCUUUGGAUGUUCCAGACUAAGCUAGACUAUAACCUUGUUUUGUUAAUUAAAACAGUCACUUAUAGACAUGACUAAGAUGUGACUAAUACUAAUCAGAAUUUUAAUCCAAAAGACUACGACUAAAACUACAUCUAAAAUGGCUGCCAAAAACAAAACAAUGAUGGGUAAUGAAAAAUCUCCUGUAAAACGGACCUCUCUGCAGCUUUUUUCUCACUUACUUCAGUCUCUCUAGAAACUAACAAUGUCAGCUAAGAUUGCAGCCUCUCAAUUUAAGACAAACAUUGUCAGUUGCUUCUUUUCUAAUAAAGCAGCAGCUUAAAUGUCUCAUAUAAAAUGCCAUGCUGUCCUCAUUUAUCUUAUCUUCUCUUAGAACCAUGCAUCACCAUGGCCUGUCCCAACAAUCCAUGUCCUCCUGAGGAUCAGGAGGAGGGGAAAUUGAAACAUUUCUGUCAGUUAAGUCUAAGCAAACAGGCUGAUUAAACAAAGACAGAAAGAUUAAUCUGAUGAAUGAUUAAUCUAAAUGAGUGUGAACACAUCUGUGCAUUUCUGAUUCCUUGCAGUCGUUUUGAUUAAGAAGACCCUUCAUCUGGUUAUGAACUGGGAGUGGGGAACCACCAACAACUUCCUGUACAAAUACCACCGUAAGGAGACAGACCCUCCAGAGUUACUCACUGUAGAUUUUUCUGAGUAAAAUUUUAUCCCCAACCCCCAACAUAGGGUGUUGAGUCACAUUGUAAUAAUAACUGGAGGUUUCUUGCUGAGUAAAUGAUGUUCAGAGUGAAACCAUUUCUCUGACUAAUAAAUAGAAAUGAAAGCCCUGCUGAGAGCUGAUUUAAAGAGAAGUACAGAGGCCCGUACUCAGUGGCGGUUCUAGACCAAAUUACUCCCCGGGCGAGCACCCCUCCAAGUGCCCCCCCCCCACACCACACACACACACACACACACACACACACACACACAAACACAAAAAGAGAUAGAAUUUUGAACAGAUAGUUUUGUAUUACUAUGUAGUAUUAUUAUUAUUAUAACAACAAAAAUAAUAUAUUUCUCAAUUGCAGAAAUCCUUCAAUAGAAAAAAACACAAUCCUGAGGGCCAUUUUGAGAAGGGCCCCCAGAUCCUGAGGUUUUCUGACGUGUUAAGGUUUACAAAAAAGCUGCUAUCUCUGCCUCUGUAGUAGAUAGAAACAAAAUUCAAAAAGUAUUUGAGAGCUUAAACAUGUGGCUUUCAAGAAAGCUCUCUUUUGAAUAAAAGUAAAGGCUCUGCACUGGAGAAUGACAAAUAAUUUGCUUUCUGUAAAACAAGUGGCAGUCAUGAUAAAGUGUCCAUUUAAUACAAAUGUAAAUAUAGAAAAUAAGGUGUUGAAAGGGUAUACAGCUGCCCCAGUAUAGUGCCAGUACAAAAGCAGAACUAAAAACUUAAAAAUGAAUAAAUAAAUACGUGGCUGACAGAGUGUUCAUCUCUGUUCUCACCCAAAGUCAUGCAACACUCAGAGAAAACGCUGAUAGUGUGAACCAAAGCACUCCAUAUGAAGAGGUUGUUCACACUGCUGGAUGUUUCUCCUCUGAAGCUGCUCUCUGUCUCCGUCAUUGUUUACUUUACUCAUGAAGCUCAUCAAGCACGUAGCAAGAUCCGAGCAUGAACCCGAGCGCUUUAUUUGCCUAUUAAAGGCAGACGGGUACGGUGAUUUCGUUCACCGCGACUCCAGAAAUGAUUAAAAAACUACAAAAUGACGUAUCCGCGCUCCCGCUGAUAUGCUGACAUGCGUACACAGAGCAGAGCUGUCCCCCCGCGACUUUCUCCCCGCCUCGUCUCACACAGUCAGUCAGCCUCUGUGCAGCACCUUCGGAGCAAGCAGGGGCGCCUACAGCAGCGGGGGGGGCGCCAAUUUGACAACAAGAGUUAAUACAAAACCGCUUUGCGGUUAAGAUUUAUUAUUAUUAUAUUUCAUUUUAUUUUUUUGGAAGUGCUCGUGCCGCCCCCCAUGAGUCAUGACACAAAUGCCGCCCCGGGCGGCUGCCCUGUUCGCCCGUGCCUAGAACCGCUACUGCCCGUACUCACAGUGACCCUGAAGGACAACUGUGAAAUAUUUGAUGACCUGCAAGCAAACAUUUUAAAUUCUGCUGUUAAACAUUUAACAGCAACAAAUGUACUGAAUAUGCUGCAAAGAAACACAAGUCACUGCCUAUUUUCUGAGGUGCUACAAAAAAUAUGGAGGUCCUUGAAUGUUAAAAAUAUUGAAAAAAAAAUUUGUGCUGCAAAAAAAAAAAAAAAAAAUCAGUAGCUGAAUUUUGUAUGUGCUGCACAAAACAUUUCAGAAACCAGAAAGGGCAGAACCUGGACUGAUAUCUGGCAACAUAGCAGGAUUCUCUUGUGUGAUCAGUUUUAUAAAUUUUUUUCUGAAUAUUGACCACAACAAUGUGUUGAUUACUUGUUGAAGACCUCAAACAAUCCAUCUCUUCAGCCAGAUACUGCAAUGCCAGAUGGUCUUAAUGUGUCGUACCUGUCUAAAUGCAACAGGUAAUCUUGGCCCAUGGCACAGUACGUAUGCAAAGUCCUCUGACGUGUCUGCAAGAUUGCCCAGUGUGAGUUUAGUUUUUUUUAAUACUCACAUGACAGUGUCUCUCCUAAUGUCAUGAUGAGUUAAUACCAGCAAACCAAUAAUUACACUGUAUACAUGUCUAUUGUUAACCAGCAGUGAUUGAGCUACUGUACUUAAGGUGAACAAGAAAGCUUUUUGAAGCAUGUUUAAAAAAAUGUUGCUGUUAAAACGUUUUUCUGCAUACUUUGAAAUGUUUUCUUUGCAGUCAUCAAAUAUUUCACAGGUGUCCUUCAAGGCCACUGAACUGAUGUCUUGCUCAGUUUUAUCCGAUGUGAUACAAUAAUGAAAAUUCAUGAUCAGGUAAGUAAAAGUUUUGUUGAAUUGAAAUGUUCUUAUGUUGUGUUGCCAGACUCCAGCAUGCCCCAAAAACUAACUUCUAUGGAGGAACUCCACCUGAUGGAUGCAGGGCUGCUGAUGAACCUCCCCUUUCCCUCAUUUUGGGGAGAGAAGAGAGACAUCGACCUCAUCAUUGCUCUGGAGUACAGCGCAGGGGACAUGUUUGAUGUAAUGAGAGUGUGCAUGUGUUAUCAGCAGUUAUUUAGUUUAACAAAGAUUCAGAAUAAUACUCUGUUUAAAUGAAUGUGAUUGGAGGUCAUGUCAGAGCCCACAGUAUGGAGUCUGUGGGCUCUGAGGCUGGGCAUUGUAAAGCAUUGUAAAGGCAAGUGAAGUAUUGUAAACCAAGACCAAGCUCUUGACUUAACAGUUCAGGGGUCAUACAUGGCAAGACAGUCAGCAAAGGCAGAAAAAUCCAAAUCCACUGAUGAUGUGUAGCCUUAUUUCAUAUAACAAAUUAUUUGAAAUUAAACAUUACUUUUUUUAACAAAAAAAGUUUAAAAGGUAGUUUGAUUUGUUCAUUUAUUUUACACCUGGAAAAGUUUUCAUCCUUUGGUGCUGCAGCCACUGCAGUGCCCACUUACAUCCCACAGUUGUUACAGCACUUGAACUGACAGUUCGGCUUUCACCUUAAAAUCCUUGCACCUGGACUGCCUCGAUUUCUGCAUUAAUGCAAACAUUUUACUCCUCCAGGUUAAAGGAUCUGCUUGUCUCACAAACAUUUCCUGACACCAAGAAAGCACUUUUCAUGAAGCUAUGCAUCAUUUUAUUGAUAAGGUUCAGUUAUUGCUCUGACUUUGCUACUGAGUGAGUAAACUAUGAAACAACCUACACACUCUGCUCUCUGUACAGACUCUGAUUCGGGCCAAAAAGUAUGCAGAGGACCUGAACAAGCCUUUGCCAGAGAUGAACGUGGAAGUCCUGGAGGACAAAGAGUGGCCAAAUGACUUCUAUGUGUUUGAGGGGAAAGAGAAGGCGCCCACCAUCGUUUACCUGCCACUCUUCAACAACAAAAACUGCAAAGGUCUGCUGCAAACCAUGAAACUCUUUUAUAAAGAAUUUUUCUGUACCAUAAUCUUUCUGAUCACCAACAGUUUUAUAUUCUGGUUCAGAUGCAGACGAGGUCAAAGCCAAGAUGGCACAGUUCUCCACCUUCAGGCUUCCUUUCAGCCAGGAGGAAAUCAAGGAUUUACUGGGGCUGGCAGAAGAAAACAUGAAGAGAAACAAAGAAAACAUCAUGGAGGAGAUCAAAAAGGCUGUGACACGCAGAGAAAACAAGCAGAAAUGA